CCCGAGGCGCAGGAUGGAGGAGGAGAUGCCGCCGGCGGAGGAGGGGCCCAGCGUCCCCAAAAUGUACAAGCAGCGCAGCCCCUACAGCGUCCUCAAGACGUUCCCCAGCAAGAGACCGGCGCUGGCCAAGCGCUACGACAGACCCACCCUGGUGGAGCUGCCGCACGUCCGGCCGCCCCCGCCGCCCUUCCCGCCGCGCGCGGCCGUCUCCAUCAGCAGCAGCGAGCCGCCGCCGCCGCAGCAGCAGCAGUUCCAGGCGCAGGGCUCCUACCCCAGCGGGCCUGGCAGGGCCGCCGCCGCCGCCGCCGCCGCCGCCGCCUCGUCGUCAUCUCCGUCCUGCACGCCCGCCGCGUCCCAGGGCCACCUGCGGACCUCGGCGCCGCCGCCGGCGUCCCCCGCCGCGUCGUCGUCAUCGUCCUUCGCCGCCGUCGUCAGGUACGGGCCGACCCCGGCGAGCAGCGCGGGCAGCGACGGCGCCAACCUGGAGCUCAGUGCAGAGAGUCGUAUGAUCUUGGAUGCCUUUGCCCAGCAAUGCAGUCGAGUUCUUAGCCUCUUAAACUGUGGAGGAAAACUUCUGGACUCCAGCCAUUCUCAAUCCAUGAUUUCUUGCGUAAAGCAGGAAGGCUCAAGUUAUACCGAAAGACAGGAGCAGUGUCACACUGGGAAAGGGGUCCACAGUCAGACCUCAGACAAUGUAGACAUAGAGAUGCAAUAUAUGCAAAGGAAACAACAAACUUCUGCCUUUCUGAGGGUUUUCACUGACUCUCUACAAAAUUACCUGCUCUCGGGGAGCUUCCCAACUCCAAACACCGCAUCAGUCAGUGAGUAUGGCCACCUGCCCGAUGUGGAUCCUCUGUCAACCUCCCCUGUGCACACACUAGGUGGCUGGACCUCCCCAGCGACAUCUGAAUCCCAUGGUCACCCAUCCUCUUCUACACUGCCAGAGGAAGAAGAGGAAGAGGAAGGCUACUGUCCUAGAUGCCAGGAGCUGGAGCAGGAGGUGAUUUCACUGCAACAAGAAAAUGAAGAGCUCAGAAGGAAAAUAGAGAGCAUCCCAGUGCCCUGCCAGACUGUUCUGGAUUACUUGAAGACAGUGCUGCAGCACCACAACCAACUCACGAUGCCACAGCCAGCUGACCAGCCCACUGAGGGAAGCAAGCAGCUGUUGAACAACUAUCCCGUCUACAUAACAAGCAAACAGUGGGACGAGGCAGUAAAUUCUUCAAAGAAAGAUGGGAGACGGCUCCUUCGAUACCUCAUCAGAUUUGUUUUCACAACCGAUGAGCUUAAGUACUCAUGCGGCCUUGGGAAAAGGAAAAGGUCAGUGCAGUCAGGAGAGACAGGUCCUGAAAGACGCCCUCUGGAUCCAGUUAAAGUAACAUGCCUCCGAGAAUUCAUUAGGAUGCACUGUACCUCCAACCCCGACUGGUGGAUGCCCUCAGAGGAACAAAUAAACAAAGUAUUCAGCGACGCUGUGGGUCAUGCCCGGCAGGGGCGGGCCGUGGGCACUUUCCUGCACAACGGUGGCUCCUUUUAUGAAGGGAUCGAGCAACAAGCUUCCCAAGAUGAAGUCUUCAAUAAAAAUUCCCUGGAUGGGUCUGGGGAUUAGCACACAAAAUCUUUCCAUUGCAGCAGCUGAUCCUCUUAAGAGCCCCAAUUGUGAAUGUCCUGUUAACCAUCACCUUAGAGUCCGAAGCAUGUCAUUCUGUCAGACUUUACAGAACUUAAACUGUAACUCUCUUGAUCUACUGCCACAGUUCCCAAAAAGAAAUCCAUUUUAGGGUUGUUUGGGAAGUUUGUGGAACCUACAACAGACUUUCAGAGUAUUAGAAAAAACUACAAUUGAUUUUACAUGAUUACUAGCUAUACAGUGAAGGUAAAAUAAAUAGGUGAACUUCUGGUCACCUAUUGGAAAUCUUCAAGUAAGCUCUGCUUCCAAGAUCAGGUUAAUGUUCCUGCUCGUGUUAGAAGGUAGAGACGUGGAGUUACUUCAAAGGACAAGGAACAAGCAUUUUCAUAAUUCAAGUAAGUUGUCUUUGUUUUCCAAAGACUUGAAUUCAUACUUGUCAGCAAAGACAUAAGAUAAGUGGCAUUGUGUGCUGUCUCUACCUUGACAAAGCCUAUCAGAGAACAGACCACCUCUAGACGGUGACUAAUUGGAAGUCAGCUGCUUUUCUCAAGUUAUUUUUACCCAAAAAAAGUUCUACCAUGUUCAGGAAGGCACUAUGUGGUCCCAAGUUUGCAAACACUUGGGUUUUAUUAUGUCAGUCACGAAACAUCCAAAGAUCCAAAACCAUUUUUAAACACUUGAUUUCAUAUGUUCAUAGAUCCACAGUUUCCAUAGCCUUAAAUCAGGCUUUGUUGACACAAUGCCAAAGUGAUGGGUUGCACAAGGAGAAUGUAACCAGUUAGGUGUUUGGUGUGCCGAAGACCAAACAAGUGGUGUGACUGCCGGUGGUCACUGAGCUGACCAGAUGUUCUGGAAUCGCACACACAGCUUCAAGGCCAUCCUGACAGCUAUGCAAUGGGCUUGUCUGUAGUUACUCUGAAGUUUGAGGGUCUUUCUGUGCUGAGUUGAUCUUUAGAAUUUGCAUAAACAUAUGUUUUUCAUUGUCAUUGAUGAAAAUGUUCCUUUCCAACU